ACUCUCUCACCUCUCUCUCUCUCUCUCUCUCUCUCUCUCUCUCCUCUGCACCCCCAACCUUCCCGGAGCUUCCAAACCGGAAAAAAAGUUUUCCAAUCCCAAAACCUCCCUCUAAACUUUUCCCGCCAAAUCUCACUCCUCCCCGGAAAACCCACUUCUCAAUUGGAAAAAUCACAAGGAAUUUAUGGGUAUUUCCAGAAAGAAGCUUUAAUAUCAACUUGUGGUUCGUAUUUUAGUUGCUGAUUGAUUUUUUUUUUGAAGAAAAUCAUCAACAAUGGCGGAUUCGGAUAACGAAUCAGGAGGUCAGAACAACGCGAACAGCGAGAUGUCGUCUAGGGAACAGGACAGGCUCUUGCCGAUUGCCAACGUUAGCCGGAUAAUGAAGAAAGCACUUCCGGCGAACGCCAAGAUUUCCAAGGACGCGAAGGAGACAGUUCAAGAAUGCGUGUCGGAGUUCAUCAGCUUUAUCACCGGCGAAGCGUCGGAUAAGUGUCAGAGAGAGAAAAGGAAGACGAUUAAUGGGGAUGAUUUGUUGUGGGCCAUGACUACGCUGGGUUUUGAAGAGUAUGUUGAGCCGUUGAAGGUUUAUUUGGCGAAGUAUAGGGAGCUGGAGGGUGAGAAGAGCGCGAUGGGUGGUGGUAGGCAGGGGGAGAAAGAUGGGAGUGGAGGUGGAGGUGGAGGUGGAGGUGGUGGUGGUGGUGGUGGGAGAGAUGGGGCGGUGAGUUCUAGUGGCGGUGGUGGUGGGUUUAAUGGUGGUGGUAGUGGGAUAUAUGGUGGGAUGCAGAUGUACGGUUCUGGUGGUUACCAUCAGGGGCAGAUGUAUGGUUCUGGUUCUUAUCAUAAGAUGGGCGGUGGUGGUGGGGGUGGGGUGGUGGGGAAGGUUAGUUCAGGCUGUGUGGGCGGCGGUGGUGGUGGUAGUGGUGGAGCUUCCACUGUGAGGCCAAGGUAGGUGGUGCUUUUAUGGGCACCCAAUUGUAGACUCCGAGGUAACUGUUUUAGGGCCUUUUUUUCUCCUUAUAUUUGUACUAAUGUUCGUGUAUUAUCAUUGACGAGUGAAUAGUACUAUGGUAGAGACAUGUUUGGUUUUGAUAAUUUUGUGAAUUAAAGGGUUGUAUGUGUAAUUUCAUGGAAAGAUAACAUAUUAGAAGUGAUAAUGAAAUAGGGCUCAGAUUUUAAUAUUUAAUAGUGGGGCACUGGUAAAUGUAUUUCAAGGAAGAGAAGAGGAAGAUAGUAAAUGUACUAUUACUGCUAAGUCGUUUUAAAUGGUUGUGUGGAGGUUGUGAUUUCUUUCUAUUCCUUUUCAGAGCAGUCAUCAGAUUUCUGGCAGCGUGUUGGACUAAUUUGACAGGGA